CAGCUGGAAGGUGGACGGCAGCAGUAUAAGCCCGUUGUCAUGGCCCUGACGGAGAAGGACAUCCUGCUGUUUCAGGCGGUGCCGUGGAGCAGAGAGUCCUGGUCCACGCCUCUGCUCACACACCCACUUCUGGCCACAAGGCUGGUUCACUCUGGCAGUGCUCGGGGGUCUCCUGCUCAGGGGUCAGACCUGGUGUUUGCCACCCGGACGGGCACAGGGCGGGGCAUCGAGUCCCACACCUUCAGAGUGGAGACCCACUGGGACCUGUCGUCAUGGACGCGAGCCCUCGUGCAGGGGGCGCACGCCGCGGCUGAGCUCAUCAAAGAAGUCUCCAUCGGCUGCACCUUGAGCCGGCAGGAUGUGCGUCUGACGCUGCACUACGAGAAGGGCUUCACUGUGACCAUGGAGCAGGUGGACCCAGCGGGGGGGGCCGUGCUCUUCAGGUACCCCUACGAGAAGCUCCGGAUGUCCGCAGACGAUGGAAAACGCAACCUCUACCUGGACUUUGGAGGUCCAGAGGGAGAGAUGGUGUUUGACCUCCACUCAGGUCCCAAGCCGGUGGUGUUUGUCCUCCACUCCUUCCUGUCAGCGAAGCUCACUCGUAUGGGCCUCCUGACGUGAGACAGCAGCAGCAGCAGCGAGGAGACGCUCCGUAAAUGCUGAUACUUUUCUUUUACUUUCUUUUUCCGACUCCUCCAUUCAGAGCUGAAGCUUUGGAGUGAGGGAGAUUAGACCACAAGUGUUGAUUGUCUCAGAACUGUGCCUUCUGUUCAAACAUCUCCUCGGCCUCUGGAAUCAUUUGUUUUGCAGAUAAAAGGAAGUGGCACUUUGCUUGAAGUGAUGAGAGACAAAACAGGCUUUUAAAAAUCAUUCCACGCAUUCACUUUUAUUCCAAGAUGUGCUCAUGAGAUUCCACUACCACUGCACUUCAAGCAAAGUGUUAUUGAUAUUAAGGGAUGGACAUUUUGUUAGACAUUAAGCCCAGAAUUGUGAAAGCUCCCUGUUUUACUCUCACCUUUCAUUCCACCACAGCCUUCCAAUGUUCAGGGCUCUAAUCUGUUAGUCUUUGUGAGUGUGAAACGCUGAUUUAGAGUCAGAAUGAUCAGAGAGCGUGUGUGUGUGUGUUUGUGUGGG